AUGAUUAUCUACAAGGACAUUAUUUCCGGUGACGAGCUGUUGUCUGACGCCUACGAUGUCAAGUUGGUUGACGGUGUCAUCUACGAAGCUGACUGUGACAUGGUCAAGGUCGGUGGUGACAACAUCGACAUUGGUGCCAACCCAUCUACUGAGGGUGGUGAUGAUGACGUUGAGGACGGUUCUGAGGUCGUCAACAACGUUGUCCACUCUUUCCGUCUGCAGCAGACUGCCUUCGACAAGAAGUCCUUCUUGACCUACAUCAAGGGCUACAUGAAGUCCAUUAAGAACAAGCUGCAGGAGACCAACCCUGACGAGGUCGCUACCUUCGAGAAGGGUGCUAUGGUCUACGUCAAGAAGGUUGUGGGCUCCUUCAAGGACUGGGAAUUCUUCACCGGUGAGUCUAUGGAUCCAGAUGGAAUGCUGGUUCUGUUGAAUUACCGUGAGGACGGUACCACUCCUUUCGUUGCCAUCUGGAAGCACGGUGUCUCUGAGGAGAAGAUCUAA